GCACGCAUGCGCAGUGCAGCCGAUCAUGGGGUGGGGGGCUCCGAUCCCGAUCCGGGAUACCCCGUGUGUCCCCCCGCGGAACCGGGAUCCCACGCGGACCCACCUGCGGGGACCAGCCCCCCCGGGGUACCCCCCGAACGGGGAGCAGCCGCUUCCAGCCCCCGGGAACAUCACCUCCCGGGGGGUGUCACGCAGGUGCCACCAGCCCCGAGCCAGCGCGUCCCCGUGGGCGACGUCCUGGCGUGGGGACGAGGUGGCGGCUCCUCCUCCGGCCCUCACGGCAUCACCCCGUCCCUGGGGCUGGUGGCCGUGGGGCAGCGUGGGGACAGCGUGGGGACAGUGGGUGCCCGCGGUGCAGGAGCCGCUCCCGCCGCCCCGAUCCCGCCGGAGUCACCGGUGCCACGACCUGCCCUGGAGGGCGGUGACCUCGCCCGGUGACACCGGUGACCGCGGGUCCCGCCGCGCUGGGGCUCAGCCCCGGGUUCCCCCGUCAUGAAUAUUCACCGAGCGCUGGCCCGGCCCCGUGUUUGCUCACCGAGGGUUUGGCCGCGGGUUCACCUUGACGGGAGCGCCCACGGCAGCCGCAGGUACGCGGCACCUGCCCCGGAGCCCCCGGGACCCCCAGGAACCCCCUGGACCCCCAGGAAACCCCGGGACCCCCAGGCUGGGUGGCCACAGGUACAGGGUCCUGUGGUGGGGAGCGAGACCUGGGGUCACAGCCACGGUUUGGUGACCUGGCUUUGGGACAAGGAGGGGACAGGUGGUGGCACGGGCGCGGUGGCGAUGGCUGAGAGCCACGGCUGGUGGAAGCUGACGUUCCUGCGGAAGCGCCGGUCGGUGCCCACCGUGCUGUACGAGAGCCCCGACAGCCACGGCGCCGGGGACACCGCCGAGGGGACGGGCGAGGGGGGGCCCCCCGGCUACGCCGCCCGCCUGGAGAAGAUCGUGGACAAGAGCACCAAGGGCAAACACGUCAAGGUGUCCAACUCGGGGCGCUUCAAGGAGAAGAAGAAGGUGCGGGCAACGCUGGCCGAGCACCCCAACCUGUGCGGCGCCGGCGAGCAGGAGGACAAAUGACCCAUCGACACCCCCUGCGCCCCCCCCGGGGCCGCCGGACCUUGGAGAACAGGCUCGGAAUGGAGUUUAUUUUGGGGAGAAGCCAGGAUGCUGUUUAAUCAUAGCCCCCCCAGGGCAGGGGGAGCACUGGGGAGCGGGACCCCCCUGCAGUGACUGGUUUGUACUGGGAUGAGGAUGCUCAGCCCCGCUUGGUCACUGCGCCGUGUCCCCCAGCCUGACCCCCCCUGGGGGUGACACUGUGACAGGGGCUGGAGUGACCCCAGGGGGGGCCGGGGCCUUCGGGCAGCUCUCACCACGGCUGCUAAUUAACUGUUGUUAAUAAACCAAGGCUGGAGGCAAAGGCAGCUCAGGGACGCCGGGGGACACAGUGCCAGCCCCCACCAACACAGGGGACCCCUGGCAUCGCGGGGGGGACACGGGGGUGGCGUCCCCAGUGCCACCAGCCCGGGGUGUCCCAGUGUCCCCCCAGCGCAGGGUGCGGCCGUGGCCCAGCCGCCACUUCCCUGCUCUGACAAAAGCCACACGGUGCCAAGUGCCGGAGUCCAGGAACCCGGUGCCAGGCCCCCCCCCCCGCCCCCGCCCUGUUUGCUCACAACCUGCUCUUUGUCCCGGGCUGGCAGCGCCGGAGGAUCCUCCCGGGAGGGACGGGGGGGACGCGGGGACAGGAGCUUCUGUGGCAGCCGGUGCCUGUUGGCUCCUCUGUGCCCAUCGCGGUGACAUCUGGGCUCCGGGGCGGGGGGGACACCUGGCUGUGCCACCACCCCCAGCCCCUUCCCGGGACACCCACCUGUCACCCUGCGCUGUCCCCUUGAGGUGACACCCACCUGCCCCACCACAGUGGCUGUUGUCAAGGGAUGAGACCGAGGCCACCGAGCGAGUCUGUGACAGUGGCAUGAGGUGUGUGACACCCCCCACGGCCACCUAACUCAGCUCCCCCCAUCCCGGGGACAACAGUCUGGCCCCAAACCGCUCAAUAUUAACCCAAACCCACUGCACGCUUCGUGCUGAUCGGGAUUUAUUCUUUCCAAGCUCAGGUAGCGGGGGGGACACGGGGAGCGGCGCCACCGACCCCCAAAGGAGCAGGCUGAGGGUCGGGGUGCAACCAGCCACGGGUGACACGGUGGUGACAAUAAAGCUGCAAUUCAAUAAGUUA